UCUCUCUACAACGCAACUACCUCCUACCUUUCUACCCUACACACUCUUUGAAUGCCACUACUCUCCCUUAUUAUUUAUAACCCACCUUCUCAACCUUCAAUCACACCCUCUUAAACACUUCCUCUUCUGUUUCUCACUUUCAUUAAUUUCUUCACCAAACAUAUUCCUAUCUAUGGCACCCUCGUUCCAUCAAACUUCAAACACGGUUUGCGUCAUGGAUGCUUCGGGCCAGUUAGGCACCAGUCUCGUUCACCGGCUGCUUCAAAGGGGAUACAUCGUCCAUGCCUCGGUUCAGUCACAUGCACAAUUCAAUGGGAUUUCUGCUGAUCCCAAUAGGCUCAAGAUUUUUCGUUCGGACCCUUUUGAUUACCAUAGCAUAAUCGAUGCUCUUAGAGGCUGCUCUGGCUUGUUCUAUGUAUUUGAGCCUCCUCAGGAUCAACCCAACUAUGAUGAAUACAUAGCAGACGUAGAAGUGAGAGCAGCACACAAUGUGGUCGAAGCAUGCGCUCAAACAGAAUCCAUAGACAAAGUGGUUUUCACUUCAUCCGCAACUGCCGUCGUUUGGAGGGAGGAUCGCAAGUCCAUGGAAUAUGACUUGGAUGAGAAACACUGGAGUGAUGUCAAUUUCUGUCGUAAGUUCAAGUUAUGGCACGGGAUGUCAAAGACGAUGGCAGAGAGAACAGCGUGGGCUCUUGCAAUGGACAGAGGGGUGAACAUGGUGUCCAUCAACGCAGGGUUAUUGAUGGACGGUGAUCUGUGCAUCAAAAAUCCCUACCUCAGAGGAGCGGCGGAGAUGUACGAAGAUGGUGUAUUGGUGACCGUUGAUUUACCUAUCUUGGUGGAUACCCACAUCUGCGUCUACGAACAUGUCUCUUCCUAUGGUCGCUACUUGUGCUUCAACCACGUCAUCAACACCCACAACGACGCCGUUCAGCUCGCACACAAGGCAAUGCCCAUGCCAACCCCUCCUUCCUUGCCUCUAAGCUGUGACCCAGGGAAGGAUUUUAUCCGACAAAGAAUAACCAACAAGAAAUUGAACAAACUGAUGGUGAAUUUUGUGGGUUGACUAUUGACUCCGAUGUUCUUUCGGUUUUAAAGGAACAAUGAUUGCUUGGUCCAUGGAGUUAUCAGAGUUUGACCUCACAUACCAACUGAGAUGUCUCAUACUAACGUAAUGUUUGGCUGACUUCAUCAAUGAAAUGACUACUAGACCAAUAUACGGGCAAGUAUGGACAUUAUUUAUUGAUAAUUCAUCUAACAAGAAAGGUAGCAGAGCCAAAAUUAUCUUGGAGGGACCAAGGGGCUUAUUCAUUGAGUAAUCCCUUUAGUUCAGAUUCCAAGCUUUAGACAAUCAAGUUGAGUACGAAUCUCUUAUUGUGGGCAUUAGAUUGGCUUUGGAGAUAGGGGUGGAACACUUGUGCAAUAAUGACUUGCAACUAGUUGUCCAACAAUUGAAAGGUGAGUAUCAAACCAAGGGUGCUUAACUUUUAAAAUAGUAUCAAGUGGUUGACAAAUUGAAGGGUCACUUUUCAUAAAUCCAGAUUGAGCAUAUACCUCAAGAAGAGAAUAUUAGGGCUAAUGUUAUCUCAAAGUUGGCAAGUACUCGAUGAUCGGGCUAACAUAAAAUUGUAAUCCAAUAAACUCUAAAUGAGCCCAACAUAUCUAACGAAGGAAGCAUGUAAAUUGAAGGCAGUGAAAACUGUAUGACCCUCAUCAUUAAUUAUUUGAAGCACAACCUCAUGCCAAAAAUACCUUCGAUUGCCAAGAAACUUAGGCUUCAAGUCGCCAAAUUCUAUAUUGUUGGGGAUGAGCUUUUCAAGAAGGGAUUCCCGACCCUUUACUCAAAUGUGUAAACAAAACCUAGGCUGAGUAUGUCAUGGAAGAAUUACACUACGGAAUUUGCAUUAUGCACACUAGGAGGAGGGGUAUGGUAGUCGGGGUACUCAAAGUUGGGUACUACUGGCCAACAAUUCAAAAAGAUACAAUUGAUUAUGUGAAAAAGUGUAUCCUAUGCUGAAAACACGACAUCCUAAUUCGCACAACUCCCGAGCAUCUCCAUAGCAUAGUAUCACCAUGAUCGUUUGUUAUGUGGGGUAUUAACAUCUUGGGUCCAUUUCAUCCUGCCAAGGGUUAGUGCAAAUUUUUGUUGGUGGCAACUACCUACUUCACCAAGUAGAUAGAGGCAGAACCAGUAACUUGGAUCACGACAAAGAAGGUGCAACACUUCAUUUGGAAAAAUAUUAUAUAUUGUUUUGGCAUUCCUAAGACCAUUAUAAUCGAUAAUGAUAGGUAGUUCACGAAUAGACAACUUAAUGAGUUUUUUUGAAGGACUCAAAAUUCAACACUGAGUUUCUUUCGUUGAACAUCCUCAGAUAAUUGGUCAAGCAAAAGUCACCAACAAGGUCAUCUUGGGUGAAUUAAAGAAGAGACUAGGAAAAGCUAAGGGUACAUGGGCUGAGGGGUUGUUAGAAUUGUUAUAAGUUUACUAAUUACUGGUGUGUUCCACAUUCUAGUACUCAAGAAACAUCUUUUCCACUAGCCUAUGGUGUUGAUUUAAUGUUGCCAAUAGUGAUCAUAGAAGCCUCUCCUAGAAUAAUUUUUCACCAAGAUGAUGACGACUCUUCCCAUUGAACUAAGCUUGACUUGGUUGAUAUUAUACACAACCGAGCUCAUAUCCAACAAGAAGCAAGUCAUAGAAGAGCAACCCAAUGACAUGUUUCUAAGCUAGUUAAGAGAACAUUCCAAGAAGGUGAUUUGGUGUAGAGAGUUCAGGGCAAAGUUAGGAAGGAUACAACUGAAGAAAAGUUGUUCAAAUUGAGAUGGACCCUUCAAAGUAACUCAAAGUCUAAAUAACAGAGCAUAAAAGCUUGAGUACCUAUCCGGCCAAGAGAUCCCAAGGACUUGGAAUGCAUCUCAUCUUAAAUUUUAUUAUAAUUAAAUGUAUUACAUGUUGUAGUAAGAUGUGUACUCUUUCCUACCAUUGGUCUUUUUCCCAUAAAAAGAAAGGGUUUUGGCCAAGGAGGUUUUAACAAGACAUACUAUUAUUAUCAAUAAAGCAUUCAUUACUUCA